UCCCUCUUUUACUAAAUCUCAAAAAUACCCCUGAUCCAAUCUCUGUCUCGGUCUCUCUUCAAAGUCACGAUUCUCAAUUUCUCAUUUCCGAUAAAACCUUCCCCCUCUUAUUCCCUUCUUUGUUCCUUCUUGAUGGAGCUUCACAGGCGCGAGGACCGGGGCCUCCCAGAACGAAAGGGGCAAAAACGGAAACUGGAGGAAGAAAUCCAAGAGGACCGCGAAAUAUCUCUCCCUUCCAGCGAUGCCCGCUGUGCUCUAUUGGCCGAAGUCACCGCUCAGGUUAACGUCCUCGACUCUGCCUUCUCUUGGCGCGAACCUGAUCGGGCCGCCGCCAAGCGUGCUGCUCAUGUGCUCGCCGAGCUCGCCAAGAACGAGGAAGUUGUUAAUGUGAUCGUUGAAGGUGGUGCGGUUCCAGCUCUAGUGAAGCACCUACAAGCGCCUCCGUAUGACGACGGCGACCGAAGCCCGAAGCCUUUCGAGCACGAGGUUGAAAAAGGAAGUGCUUUUGCGCUGGGACUUCUUGCCGUAAAGCCAGAACAUCAGCAACUUAUAGUUGAUUCUGGGGCCUUAUCGCAUCUUGUAAAUUUGUUGAGGUGGCACAAAGAUGUUUCUUCUUCUCGUGCUGUGAUCAGUGUCAUUAGAAGAGCGGCUGAUGCUAUCACCAACCUUGCUCACGAGAAUAGCAGUAUCAAAACCCGUGUCAGAAUGGAAGGUGGGAUUCCACCUCUUGUUGAGUUGCUUCAAUUUACUGAUGCAAAGGUGCAAAGAGCAGCUGCUGGGGCAUUACGAACCCUUGCAUUCAAAAAUGAUGAAAACAAGAAUCAGAUUGUUGAAUGCAAUGCUCUUCCUUCUCUGAUUUUAAUGCUAAGAUCAGAGGAUGCUGCUAUACACUAUGAAGCGGUUGGAGUGAUUGGUAAUCUAGUACAUUCAUCACCAAACAUAAAAAAAGAAGUUCUUGCUGCUGGGGCUUUGCAACCUGUCAUUGGUUUGCUUACCUCCUGCUGCUCGGAGAGCCAAAGGGAGGCAGCUUUAUUAAUUGGACAAUUUGCCGCAACUGAUUCUGACUGCAAGGUUCAUAUUGUACAAAGGGGUGCUGUCAGACCCCUGAUUGAAAUGCUUCACUCUCCAGAUGUACAGCUUAAAGAGAUGUCAGCCUUUGCUUUGGGGAGGUUGGCACAGGACACACACAAUCAAGCUGGUAUUGCACAUAAUGGUGGUUUGGUGCCUUUGUUGAAGCUUCUAGAUUCGAAGAAUGGAUCUUUGCAACACAAUGCUGCAUUUGCUCUUUAUGGCCUUGCAGAUAAUGAGGAUAACAUAUCCGAAUUUAUUAGGGUGGGUGGUGUCCAACGGCUGCAAGAUGGAGAGUUUAUUGUUCAAGCUACAAAAGACUGUGUAGCCAAGACAUUGAAAAGACUAGAAGAGAAGAUUCAUGGGCGAGUUUUGAACCAUUUGCUGUAUCUGAUACGUGUAGCAGAGAAGCCAGUCCAAAGACGAGUGGCUCUAGCUCUAGCUCAUCUUUGUUCCCCCGAUGAUCAGAGAACUGUAUUCAUUGAUAACAAUGGACUUGAGCUGCUUCUUGGGCUUCUUGGUUCUACAAGCCCUAAGCAGCAACUUGAUGGUGCUGUUGCUCUGUACAAGUUGGCCAACAAAGCUAUGACUCUUUCUCCCAUGGAUGCGGCUCCCCCUUCUCCAACACCACAGGUCUAUUUGGGGGAGCAAUAUGUGAACAACACUACAUUGUCUGAUGUUACCUUCCUAGUUGAAGGUAGACGGUUCUAUGCUCACAGAAUCUGCCUACUUGCUUCUUCAGAUGCAUUCCGUGCUAUGUUUGAUGGAGGUUAUCGGGAAAAAGAUGCAAGAGAUAUUGAAAUUCCAAACAUUAGAUGGGAGGUUUUUGAGUUGAUGAUGAGAUUUAUAUACACUGGAUCAGUAGAUAUUAGGUUGGAUAUUGCACAGGAUCUGCUCAGAGCAGCUGAUCAAUAUCUUUUGGAGGGACUUAAGCGACUCUGCGAGUAUACAAUUGUGCAGGAUAUAUCGCUGGAAAAUGUUUCAAACUUAUAUGAGCUCUCUGAAGCCUUCCAUGCUAUAUCAUUGAGGCACACUUGCAUUUUGUUUAUCUUGGAGCAUUUUGAUAAAUUGAGCACAAGACCUGGGCACUGGCAUCUAAUCCAGCGUGUAAUUCCCGAGAUCUGCAAUUACUUUACCAAAGCACUUACAAAACCUAAUCCUCAUAAUCUGCGGGUAUAGAAGGCCGGUUUUUAACUCCUGAUCUCUAACUAGAUAAGUUGUACAGAAAGUAGCAGAUCUUGAUGUUGUGGAGCCCACUGAAGGUUCUAAUUUGUUCUUUGUAGCAUGGUUCAUAAUCAUUACUGAUGGAUGGCAGAGUAUGUGUUGCAUGUAGGAAAAGUAUUGAGUUUCUUUGAUUCAUUGUGGUUAGAUGUUUUGAAAAUUUGGCCUCCACUUUUCAUCUUCAUGGA